AUGAUGCGAAGGCUCAGUCCUGUGAACGGUUCGGUGGUUUCGCCCAAUGUCGUAGCAGCGGUGUCAUCGGUGCUUCAGCGGCAGCAACGCCAUCAGUCCGACGCCCCACUCAGGCGACUGUUGUAUGAAAACGACAGUUUUCUCAGCGGCACCUCGGCUAGGUACAUCGAAUCGAUGUACGAAAAUUGGAAGGCAGAUAAAAGUUCCGUGAACGAAUCGUGGAAUGAGGUAUUCUCCUCAAGGGACCUGCAGUCAUUUGAGAGACCACUCCUAACUUCACCCAUCCGUGUUGUACCAGCUUCAGCUGAGGACAAGAUGGAGGUGGCACAAUCGCAGGAUAUCUGCGCGCGACUGACGUUAAUGAUCCAAGCGUUUGAGGACUACGGGCAUCUUGCAGCUCGAACUGACCCUCUGGAUGCUGAGGAUGACUCUCUUCACCGUUCCCCGCAGGUUAAACCCAGAGAGAGGGUACACCUUGGUCUUGAAAGCUUUGGUUUUUCGAAGGAAGAUCAUGACCGUGUCGUACGUGUGGGUUUCAUGGAUCAAUUGGGAGGCGCGAUGAGCUCGAGCAGCAGGGCCAUGACUAUCAAGGAGCUGCACGACCAUUUGACGAAGUGUUUCUGUGGGCGCGUGGGAUGCGAAUUAGGACACGUUGAUGAUGCAAAUGUCGUCUGUUUCGUCCGUGAAGUUGUGGAGGGUUAUAACACUGAGCACAAUCCACUGCGGCGCCCGUUGUCCAAGGAGGAGAAACUGUGGGUGUGGGACCUUGUUGCCUCCGCCGUGCACUUUGAAGAUUUCUUCAAGCGUAAGUAUACCACACAGAAGAGGUUCGGUUGCGAUGGCGCAGAGUCACUUAUUGUUGGUUUGCGUUCACUCAUGGAGUCAGCCUCUGAUCACGGUGUUGAGAAGGUUAAUUUCGGUAUGGCACAUCGUGGUCGUUUGAAUACACUGUAUAACGUUAUCGGUAAGUCAUUCCCAGUGAUAUUAAAAGAGUUUGUAGGUAUCACGGCCCCUGAACUGGAACCAUUUAAGGUACAAUCCGAUGUGAAGUACCAUCUUGGGGCCAAAUCUACGGUGAAGAUGCGCAAUGGAAAGUUGAUGUUUACAGAAUUGCUCGCCAACCCAUCACAUCUGGAGGCAGUCAACCCGGUCUUGCAAGGGUACACCAGGGCAGCACAACUCAAGCACGGAGACGCUGGGCAGUCGAAGGUACUCCCCGUGGAGAUACACGGCGAUGCUGCUUUUGCUGGGCAAGGUGUCACAUUCGAGACGAUGUGCAUCAGUGAGGUUCCCAAGUUUACGACAGGUGGUACUAUUCACGUUGUGGUUAACAACCAGAUUGGCUUCACUACGGACCCCCGGUGCUCCCGAAGCAGUCCGUACUGCUCUGACCUGGGCCGUGCCUUUCAGUGUCCCAUUUUCCAUGUAAAUGGUGAUUGUCCUGAGGAUGUCGCUCGUGUGUUUGCGUUCGCUGUGGACCUCCGUUCAAGGUUCAACAAGUCUGUUGUUAUUGAUCUGGUGUGCUAUCGCCGGUAUGGACACAACGAAAAUGACGAUCCCACUAUCACGCAGCCCCUCUUAUACAAGCGAGUUCACGCGACACCCGAUGUGUUUGCCCGCUACUCAGAAAAGCUUGUUGAAGAGGGAGUCGUGACCAAAGAGCAACAGACGGCCAAGGCCAAGGAGCAGAAGGAUCACUACGGAAAAUAUCAGAGUGAGGUCGGGAAUAUACGGUACAGCGAUUACCUCAAGUCCGGCAUACCUGAGCUGUGGAGAGGCAUGAAGUACUCAGAUGAACUCGGAGAAGUGACAUUGGAGCCCACCGCUGUUGCGCGGGAAAGUCUCCAACCGGUGAUUGAUUCGCUUAAAAAGGUGCCGGAGGGGUUUGUGGUUAAUUCCAAACUCAAGGCGGUGCUCGAGCAGCGAGUCCAGUCUCUGGAGAAGGGUGAAAAGAUUGAUUGGGGCGCUGCUGAAGCGCUUGCCUUUGGUUCACUAUUACUGGAGGGCACUCAUGUACGGGUGAUGGGUCAGGACGUGGAGCGCGGCACAUUUUCGCACAGACACGCAGUUUUACAUGACCAGAACAAAGUUGACACGUACACGCCGCUCGCCCAUAUAAGGAAGGACCAGGCACCGUUCAUAAUCACUAACAGCCCUCUCAAUGAGUAUGGGGUACUGGGUUAUGCCAGCGGUUACGCCAUUUACGACCCCAAUGCGCUUGUUUUGUGGGAAGCACAAUUCGGUGACUUUGCUAACGGAGCCGCCAUUAUUUUUGAUCAAUUCCUUUCCAGUGGAGAAACCAAAUGGAAUCAGCAGCAGGCGGUCGUCGUUUCUCUUCCCCAUGGAUUCGAUGGGCGCGGAGCGGAACACAGCAGCGGCCGCAUUGAGAGGUUCUUGCAAGCCGUCGCAGAAGACGUGGACACUCCGGCGUACUCCCCUGAGGAGCGCGCCCACCGUGUAAAUAUGGAGGUUGUGUUCCCCAGCACACCGGCGCAGUACUUCCACUUGUUGCGCCGGCACGUCCGUCGCAAUUUCCGCAAGCCGCUUAUGUUAUUCUUUUCGAAACAGUUCUUGCGCACACCGAACGAGUCAUCCAUGGAACAAAUAACCAGUGGCGGUUUCCAACCUGUUAUCGGUGACCCAUCCGUUCCACCCGAGAAGGCGCGUCGCCUCGUGAUGUGCACUGGGCAAAUAUACCACAUCCUCAAUAGGUACCGUGAAUCCAACAACUGUGGACGGGACGUGGCGCUUGUGCGGAUCGAGGAGCUCUCACCAUUCCCAGUUGCUGAGGUGCAGAAGUUGUUGGCGGAUUACAGUGGUGUCGAGCUGAUGUGGGCACAGGAAGAGCCACGCAAUCAAGGCGCCUUUUAUCACGUUGAAUCGCGUGUGGAGUACUACACGGGAGGAGCCCGAGAGCUGCGAUAUGCUGGGCGUGCGAUCAGUGCUGCCCCUUCUACGGCCUACAAGAGCACUCACGACGCCGAGGAGAGGUACAUUUGCGAAUGCGUAUUUUCAUAA